AUGCCAGACUCCGCAUCCAUCUCCAGCUCCUCCCAUUCGCACUCCCACUCCCACCAACCACCGCGCACUCUCUACCCCCGCGGUCCUAGCUUCACUCUCGAAUACUUCUCCGGUCGCGAUUACAUUGUCAAAGACUUUAUCGAGUCGCUUUCUGAUACGGCCAUUGCUAGUCGCCGGUCGGCUGGUACUGCUGCAGCGACAUCAGCGGCAAAUCAACCCUUUGACCCGAAACCGUUAAUUCGUACAUUUGAACAUGCGCAGGGAAGUUUGAAUGAUUUACUGGGAGAUCUUGAGAUUAGGGAGAACGAAUUCUCGGCCGCCGUCAGAAGGGCAGAAGCCCAGCAUGCUCAAAACUUGAAUACGUUGGGUCGAAAAUUGAGUCAUGCGAUUGAAUCGUUUCAGAAAUUGGACACUUCACUAAACGGCGCUACACUGUCGUCAUCGUCGAACGGUGUCUUUGCCGAAAGCAAUAAUGUUGCAGUCGAAACGGGCAAGAAACUCGAAGAACUCGAACGGCAACGACGUCGGGCUCUGGAUGCUCAUUUCUUGAUCGAAUGCUGGGAUGAAGUCAGUAAUCGCGGGGAUGUCACAAAAUUAGAGACUCUGCGAAUGUCGGGAAAUAGUGAGGGGAAAUUAAGAGCAGCGCAUAUUGCGAAACAGUUACUACGGAUCAGUCAGAGGUUGGAUCCGAAGAGUUGGAACGAUACGUCUAACGGCAAUGGUCGCUACAUGAACGGUGACGGGUUGAUGUCUCCUGGAUUGAAUGGGAAUGGAAACGGCAAUCAUUUUCCAAAGAAGGAUACUAGGGAAAUCAUUGAGAAGUUCUCGGAAACUCUGGAGAAAGAUUUACUCAAACAGUUUGACGACUUCUAUCGCAAGGCCAACUUUGACGGAAUGAAGGAAUGUGCUUCUGUGCUUCGAGAUUUCAACGGAGGCGCCAGUGUCAUCGCGCUGUUUGUUAAUCAGCAUCAAUUCUUCAUCGAUAGGAGCCAACUCGUCACUGAAGAAGUGAGCAAAGAUGCAGAAGCAUGGGAUCAACUCGCAGAUCCCGAUGCAGACUCACCCGGCGUUGAGCCUAGUUUGCAGUCUUUGGUGGACGAUGUCAAGGUUGUUGUGCAGGAUGAAUCUACGAUUAUUCGACGCGCAUUUCCUUAUUACGAUGAAGUAUUGUCUCGAUUUCUACAGCGAGUAUUCCAGCAAUCCAUCCAGCAGAGACUUGAGAUGGUCCUUGACAAAGCGAACAGCGUGUCAUCUCUAGCAUUCUUGCGAUCUCUUCAGAUUUCGAGAAGUUGCCUGAAUUCACUGGUUGACGAUUUGAAGGCUCAUGGGUUGACUGAAGCGCCGGAGCCGGUUUCAUCUCAGACUGCAGUUAUACUCGACCAACAACUCGAGGAUCUAUUUGUCCCCUACUUUGUAGGAUCCUCCUAUAUUGAACGCGAGAAACGAAAUCUAGAAGAGCUGUAUACAUCACUUCUAUUCAAAUUCACUACGUUCCACGCGAAACGGAAAAAGACCGCCACCACGUUUAUGGCAUCCUUGGCCAAGAGUGGUAGUGAGCUAUUGGCAUCUGCUAAAGACUCUUAUCUGUCUCGACUCGAAAGCUCAGACUCGACACCUACGCAGCGUCAGAUGCUUCUUCGCGUUGCAGGACUUCGUGAGUCAGGUGACGUGAGCGGCAAACUGGCCGAGCCCGAAUUCACCGAAGACGACGGAUUAUUGUCUGUAGCAUAUGCGAAACGGAUGCUCAAAUGGUUGGCCGAGGGGGUCGGGCGCGGGUUGGAGCUGAGUGUUAGCAGCGAAACGCCCAAGGAUGUCUCUUCGCUUUUGGGUCUCCUUCUGUCAACAAUGGCAGAGGGAUAUAUCGAGAUUGGCCUUGAAGCCGCAUUAGACGCCGCAUCGGCGCAGGAGAAUGCCAAAACUGAGCCUGAUUUCAAUUACUUGCGCACCCUCCGCACGGCGAUUAGUAUAACGCAUCUGAUGCUGACGUGUAUCAACACGGUGCUUAUUCCCCUAGCAGGGAACAAUGUGACAAUUCGUCGCGAUAUGGAGAAGAAGACGAAUCUGGUCGUUAAUAGGAUCGAGGAUAAGAUCAAUGCUAUUGAGCAGCGCACGAUUGAUGUGGCAUUGGCGUGGGUAUCGAAGCUUCUAGGCGGACAGAAAAAGAAUGAUUUCCGACCAAAGGAGGACAGUUCAGCGGCAUGGUUAGAGAUGUUGCAGACUCCAACAUGCGAGAGUAUAUGCACGUUUUUAACCCAACUUCAAAACACAAUCCUCACCUCUCUCCCGCCCAGCGGCUCCAACCUGCAAAGCCUUUUCACCGAACUCGCACUCGGCGUCCGCAGUCAACUCCUCGACCACUUCCGACGUUUCCAAGUGAGCGGGCCCGGCGGGUUAAUGGUGACAAAAGACAUGACGCAAUACGCCAAUCUACUCAAAUCAUGGGACCUGGAAGACGAAGAACAAGUCAAAGCUGCUAUUGACGUGUUGCUGGAAGUCGGCAGUUUAUUCGUCGUGGGACCUGAAGCAUUAAGGGAGAAACUACGUGGCCCUGCUACGAGUGCCGGUAGUACCGCCAAUAAUAAUAAUAAUAAUGGAAAUGGAAACGGGAAUGGUGCAACACGUCCUACGCCUGCUAUGGAUGGAUUUGCGUUGUCGGUGCAGGAUAUUAGGGCUUAUGUGAUGAGGAGGGUUGAUACAAAUACUGUUGCUAUGCAGAGUGUAUUGAAUUCGUUGUAACUUUUUCUCAAAGUAUGAGAGUGUUGGAUUCGUGUACAUAUUAUACCCUUGCCUGUAUUGAUUUCUUUCUGAUGCGAUAUGUGAUACAGUUUUAUC